AUUUCAGCUUCCAUGCAGACAGAGCCUGCUUCUUCUUCUUUCUUUCACUCCGUGGCGGCGACACGCUUUUUAUUUUCUACUCGCUUCAGAUUUAUUUUAUUUUACCUAGUACGCGCCCCCUCCUCCCCCUCCUUUAUUCUGGCCUCACUUUAAGGCAAUGCUGAGUGCGCUACAGCCCGUCGUUGCGGAAAAAAGAAAACAACGAUCGAACAAACAUUUCAGCCGACAUUAAAUUUAGGAGGAGACGUUUGAGCCUGGCGGAUCCGUUGACCAGCAAAGCAACAAGCAAGGACAUGCAGCAGAGAGGUCAGUGAGGAGGAGGAUGACAGCAGAAGAAUAGGGAACGGUCAAGGAGGGAUGAGAAAGAGACUGAAGUAAGAGGAGGAAGUGGAAAUCCAAAGUGCCUACAGCGAGGGUACGUUUGCCGAGUCUGCUGGAUUACAGCGGGACAGUGUGUGUCUGGCCUUGAAUGGAGGCUGUAUUUUAUCCUGACAGCCACAGAGUCAUCCAUCCCACGUUGCUGAGCUGCAGUCCCAACAUACCCUGAGCUGAGCAGCCACUUCAUCUCAUCAUUACAAGGACAUCUCCGUGUAAGGCUCUGUUUUUAUUUUGUUUUGUUUUGUUUUGGUUUUUUUCCUCUAAAGAAAUCUUUAAUUUCUCUGUCAAGCUGCCCAAAUAUCACUAAAGUAGAACUACAGUGCAUGUCCGAGCCUGGCCAUGUUGACGUGAAUCUAACGGUGACUUACAGCGGGCUGAUACAGGUGAAUGCACAUACUGAGCAACAUAACCAAGCGACAUGCCAGAGUGAUGUCCUCAGAUUAGUUUUCUUUUUUUUCUUUCUUCUUUUGAGACAGAGCUGGCCUCUGCUCACAGUCAAGCCCCUCUAUAUAUCUCACUGCAGUGAGACUUCAGCUGCCACUUUUCCCAUGAAGAACUAAUAAACAUCCCCCAAAAUACAUCAACCAAAAGGACUUGCUGCCUAUUUGCACUGAGGAGAAACCGAAAAUAUUUUUGCUUCUGUUUCCUCUGCGGUGGGGGAUUUUUUUUAUUAUAUUUUUCUUGAAUCACCAUUAGUCACCCUUGCUCACAUCAGACAAUUUUCCGUCCGCUUGCCCCCAACCGCUGCACAGCGUCUGUGAGCGUCUCUGAUGGCUGUCAGCAUGACCAUGGGACGAGACACCAAAUGGCUGACCUUGGAAGUGUGUCGUGAGUUUCAGAGGGGCACCUGCUCACGGUCUGAUGCUGAGUGUAAGUUUGCACAUCCCUCACGGAGCUGCCAUGUGGAGAACGGCCGAGUCAUCGCCUGCUUUGAUUCACUCAAGGGGCGCUGCACACGAGAGAACUGUAAAUACCUGCACCCACCUCCACACCUGAAAACCCAGCUGGAGAUCAACGGGAGGAACAACCUGAUCCAGCAGAAGGCCGCAGCAGCCAUGUUGGCUCAGCAGAUGCAGUUCAUGCUGCCUGGAACACAACUGCAGCCCAUAACAACAUUCCCAGUGACGCCCUCUCUGGCAACGAGCCCCAGCAUGGCAUUCAGUCCAUAUCUGAGCCACAUGGGCCCAGCAAUGGGCUUGAUGCCUGAGCUGCUGCCCAGCACUCCCCUGCUGGUCCCUGGAAGUCCUACCGGUCUGGCAGCCAUGGGAAAUGGCACCUCCGCACAGAAACAUGUGCGCACAGACAAGCUGGAGGUUUGCAGAGAAUUCCAGCGCGGUAACUGCACGAGGGGUGAAAAUGACUGUCGCUACGCUCAUCCCCUGGAGGCGGGCAUGGUAGACUGCAGUGAGAACUCGGUCAUUGUCUGCAUGGACUACAUUAAAGGCCGCUGCAGCCGAGACAAGUGCAAGUACUUCCACCCCCCAGCUCACCUGCAGGCCAGAAUCAAGGCUGCACAACACCAAGCCAGUCAAAACACCCCGUCCUCAGCCUUGGGUCUGCCUCCGGGGGCCGUGCAGUCGCUACCAAAGAGACCCAUCUUAGAGAAGAGCAAUGGAGCUGCUGCCACUGUCUUCAAUCCCAGCAUGUUCCACUACCAGCAAGCCCUGGCUAACAUGCAGCUCCAGCAACCAGCCUUUAUCCCCACUGUUCCCAUGAUGCACGGUGCCACCACCUCCACUGUUUCGUCGGCCUCGACCCCAGUCACCAAUGUUCCUUUCGCUGAAUCUGCCGCCUCGAAUCAGUAGACCCCUCAGAGCUUCUGACUUCGGAUCCGGUGGAGCUCCAGUGCAUUCCCAUGGAAACCCAUUUCUGUCCCGUCCCCAAACUGCUGGUGGCGGCUCCAGUGGCACUAAACUCAGUAAGCCUUUCCCGAAA